AUGGCUCCGUAUCGUCACCAGCCUCAUCAGGGACUGAUUUAUUUACGACUUUGUAACAAUCAAAAGUAUUUUUCAGUUGUCUGCUCAACACUUAUGAUUUGUGAAGCUGAUUAUGGCCCAGAUUACGGAAAUGAAUGGCUGUAUUUUGUAGACGAUAAUGGAACUACACACGUAAUGAAUUUCUCUUCAUUACCACCUGAAAGCAGAGGGCUAAUUUACGGAAAACCGCAUUUCUAUUUAUAUACGAGACAAAAUUUAAAUGAAGCUGAAGAAUUGUUUGUGAAUUAUCAGAAUGACCACAUUAACAGCACUUACUUCAACGAGUCAAAUGACGUAAAAGCGAUUACCCACGGCUGGUUAUCAAACACGAGAACAAGUUGGGUUCAAAACAUAAAGGACAGACUGUUACAAGUAGCAGAUUUAAAUGUCAUACUUGUGGAUUGGGGAGAUUUAGCUGCUAAUCCACUGUACCCCUGGCCUGCAUUAUGUACCCGAUAUGUGGGAAGAAGAUUGUCGAAAUUAUUAGAAGCUUUUAGAAAUUCAUACCAAGUACGGAGUAGUACACAUUUAAUCGGUCAUAGCUUAGGUGCCCACGUAAUGGGGUAUGCUGGCAUGUUUUCUAAAGAACAAGUAUUCCGCAUCACUGGGUUAGACCCAGCGAGACCCCUGUUUGAAUUGCCUAAUAUGGGGCCAAACUUUAGUUUGGAUAAAAGUGACGCUAACUUUGUGGAUAUAAUCCACACAUGCGGAGGUAGCUUGGGAUAUGAGAAUAGCCAUGGCCACGCAGACUUCUAUCCUAAUGAAGGCCAGUCAGUGCAGCCAGGAUGCAAGGGCUCCAUGAGAUACACAGAUAGCUGUAGCCACGGGAGAGCAUGUGAAUUUUUUUAUGAAUCGAUACACAGCGGAAUAAAGUUUAACUCUUAUCCUUGCGAGAAUUGGGAAAGAUUUGACAGAAGUGAAUGUAGGACCAAUCCCACUCUAAUGGGUUACCCCGCAGACGUAGAAACUUUUGGUGAUUUUUUUCUUCACACUAAAAAUGAAAGUAUUUACGCCAUCGAUGAUGACGAGGGUUCAUAAAUUUAAAAUAUAAUAGGACUUUAUAAGA